GUAUUUCAGUUGGCACCCGAAGAAGAGCAUAGACGAGCUAUAAGACGUGAGAGAAACAAACUUGCUGCAGCUAAAUGUCGUCAGAGAAGAGUAGAUCAUACUAAUAUCUUAGUCAAGGAAACUGAGAAACUUGAAGGUGAAAAAUCUGCCCUUGAAGACGAUAUCCAACAACUGCAAAAACAGAGAGACCAGUUGGAAUUUAUCCUGAAAGCCCACCAACCCUUAUGUAAGGUC